AUGUCUCCACCAAUCGUACUAUGGAACGCCAAACGGCGUGCAACCCAUGGUUUCGACGAUGCAGGCAUCUCAAUCACGAAAACUAUAUUGCCUCCUCCAGGCCCCCGGGCCCCUUAUGACGUGGAUCGGGAGCCUCCAAAGAUUUUGAAGGCCGUCCCACCCCUCGCGUAUUUCUGCAUUCGUGCUCUCACUCCUCAUGUAGACCAACUGCACCACCUUCAACAUACUAUACCUUACAAUAUGGAUAUUGUCAAUGCUUUGGUCCGACGAACGCCAGCCUCUCUUUCUGCCAAGAACAAGGAUUCACAACCGUUUCACGUUUCGACUGUUGACCCUAGACUGUUGGCAACACUUGGACAAGUUAUGCACCCGCUUCCUGAAGAGUUCAGGGACUACGACAUACCCCUUAGCGAUGUCCAUCUACCAUUGCUUCAACGAGUGCCCAGUCGGGGAAACUUCUGCUUCAUAACUGUCCUGGCCUUACCAUAUUGCAAAGAGCUGUGCGACGACACCAUUGGCGUCAUUCGAUGUUUGAAUACCCUCACUGCACUGGAUAUACGAGGUACAACUAUAGGAUCCUAUGGCCUUACCGUACUUGCUCGUGGUUUGUCAUGGAGCGAUGACGACCUGCAGUCCAGGACUGGCUGCUGGGGACUCAGAAUCCUGAGCCUGCAUAGCUGCACCAACAUAGGCAACGAUGCUCUCCCCAUAUUAUCCAACUUUCCCCUGCUAUCAUGCAUAGAUCUGCGUUUCACUGGCUGCACGCAACACGCUGUGUCCAAGCACCUUGCAGAUGCAGGCUUCAGACCUUCUUCAAAUCGUUUAUUAUUUUACCCUGUUCCAUCGGAGAUCUCGCUCAAACAGCUGGAGAACCUUGGCCCAACUUCAAUGUACUCCUGCGGACUCACCUCUGUAUUUAAGUUGCACAUUAACAAGCUCAACCAUUCCAACGUCUUUUCUGAGGACAGAACCCCACCGUACAUCCUCCGGAACAUGAGGGAGGGACCGAUAAGCUUAAUAGAUUUUGCUGAUGAAGAAAACGGCGAGCCAGCUGAACCUACCUCUCAGAAUGUGCAGGCACGCAUGACGUCUACUUUCUAUGCAUCGCGCCUGCCUCGCAGAGAAAACCUGAUCCGGGCUGCAGUCGAGGAGAAGAAAGAACAACUUCGCCCAUUGGCUUUGGCGCGCCCUCCACCUCAAUGGAGUGUACUAGACGCACUCCGACCACCGGUACGACAGCAACAACCAUAUGGUCCAAAGGAAGAACCACUACUACCGAGACUCGAAUCUAUGGACCGUUCGCGUCUCACCAAGCGCACCUUGUCAAGCGUGGAGGGUAUGGUUGCGACCCUGGCCGACAAGAAUAAGAAACGGAAAGUUGAAAGUGCAUUUGCCAGCGCAAGAGUUCAUCCAAUUUCUGUUACAAAGUCGAAAAACCCCUUCGCAAAAUCUGGGGGCUCAACUUCCAAAUCGAACCGGUCGAGCGGCAUGGUGCGAUCGGUGUUCGCUGAGCAGAGAGAUGCUGUCACUGCAUCAGCACCUGUUAAACAAGGCUUGUGUAAAGCUGAGCCGUGGCCUAAGUUUUGCGACGGAGGGCCCUUGAAACCAUUGAAAACCUCCACGCCUUCAACUUCCUCGAGCAACACCGCUUCGAACCCGGUCUCCUCUGCGAGUGGUAGCUCACUUCUUCAUGACACCUCAAACCCUGUCAAGAAGGAUUCGAAGCCUCCUGUUAAAGCCAAGAUACUCAGACCCAUCACUUCAUAUCCCGUUCCGCCAUGUCCACCAGAGCAUUUUUUGUUGGUGCCACAGAUAUAUCCGAAGAACUGGGAGAAGAGCAAGGGAACUGCCCCCGCUGUAUUUGAGCCUUUUCCUGAUUCGAUAGUGCCGAUGGAUGGGAGCGAUGAUAUCAUUGAGGUGGAAGGAAUCGGUUCCAUUCACGAUGACGAUCCCAAGAGUAAUGAGAGGUCUCAGAAGAAAGCUGGGAGAAAUCGUGGCGGUACUAACAGUGCGGCGAAGAAAGGAAGGCAAAAGGCGACUGAAUUUGAUUGGGAUAAGUGGAGACGGAAAACUAUGUGA